ACAAACAUUCCCUUUAGUAUUCAUCAAACAUUAAUCAUCGGAAUUUAUUUAUUAAUCCUUCUAGUUUCCUGGCAAUCGGAAUAUUUCAAUCCUUCUCAUUUCAUUCUAGUUCUCCGGCCACCGGGAUAUUCUGUUCUUUCUCAUUUUCUACCACUGCAAAAUGUCUAAAUUAUUUGGCAUUGCUCUCGUACUUUUUCUCGUUUUAAAUUCCGGUGAAGCACAAAAUGCACCUUCUCAAUCCCCAAUUUCUUCUCCUUCUAAAUCACCGGCGGUAAAAUCUCAAGCUCCGGCGAGAUCUCCGGUAUCUUCGCCCACGGCUCCUAAAGUCAGUCCGUCUACUUCGCCGGUACAGUCUCCGAAAGCAGCUUCUCCGGGGACCAGCAUUUCACCCGCACUCAGUCCAUCAACCAGUAGAUCUGCUCCAGUGCCAUCUGUGGCAACUCCUCCGCCGGUAUCAACUCCGGUGAUCACUCCGGCGUCUUCCCCGGCGGCAGCGGAGGUUCCGGCCAGCACUGUGACACCAUCGGCAUCCCCAAGCAUUCCUUCAAGUUCAGCAAGUCCGGCAGAGUCUGUUAACGGACCAACUUCGGCGCCGGCGAGUUUAUCGCCGGGGACUUCACAAGCACCAGUUGCUGAUGAUGUUUCUGCUGCAAUUUCAGUAUUUGAGGUGCCGAUGGUUCUAAGUGGGCUUGCUAUUUGGGCCACACUUUCAAUUUGAAGGCCUCCGGCCCAAUAUUGCACAACUAUCCCAUUUUGACACCUACUAUUAUUGAAUUUUUAUCACAUUUAUUGUAAUUUUUUUAACACUUAUAUUCAUUCAAUGUCUUACUUUUUUUGUAUUUUAAUUUAUUGUUCAUCAUAAUAAUAAAUAUUGUAGUAAAAUUUUGGUUUCC